AUGUCUCGACCAGUUCCUAACACCUUCCAAGCCGAACAGGCGGACAAUCUCGAGGAUAUCGAGAAGCAGUUCGCUGUCAAGGUCGUCCAACACAUGCAGACCUACUGGUCCAUUCUCGAGCGUGUCAAGGGCUCUUCGCUCCGUCUGACAAAGCUCGACGAUGAAAUCUAUGAGCACCUCAAGAGGGACUUCCCCGACUUCGACCCCGCCGAGACCAUUGACGAGGACAAGAUGAAGAGCAAGGAGGGCAAGGAGAGGUGGCGCAACUUCAUGAUGGCGUAUGAGAAGAAGGUCGAUGAUUACAACUUUGGCACCAUGUUGCGGGCGAAUCCAAAGUGGGAGUACGGCAAGGACGAGACCAUAUUCGUGCCGAGGAUGCAGUUUUAUGCCGUCGAGAUUGCGAGAAACAAAUUGGGCUUGAACGACUGGAUUUACGAGCAGGCUCAGAAAGAAAAGGCCUCCAAAUCU